AUGAACCAAGUUAGCUCAGUUUCGCACUUUAAUGAAGAGAAUUCAGAAGCUCAAGUUCGUAUCCAGUCAAAAAAAUCACCUUUCGAUGACAUAUUGAGUUCUCUGGAAAAAAUUUGUGAUGAAUUCGAGGUUACUAGUGCCGAGAUACAUUGUGAAAAUAAUGAAAAAAAGGGAGAUUCAAAUUCUCAUUUAGAGAAUUCUGGAGAUGUGAGACAAAUAUUCAGUGACUCAACCGUUUCUUCAAGAGCAUUAUCGUAUCUUGACAAAACAAAGUAUUGUAUUUGCUCCUAUGGUCAUAAUACAGCCUGUAAGGUACCUUUUUCCCGCUCAAAUGCUAGACCAAUUUGUGAUAAUGAUGAUUGUUGUUCUCUUUGUUUACCUGAAGAUUUCUCAAACACAAACUUUGAAGACAAUUUGAAAGACGCCAGAGAGGAAAGUUUAACAAAUUCAAAUGUAUCCAAUGAUUUUCUUUGCGAAUGUUUGGAGUUAGGUUUAUCUUUCAAACCUGAAUUCUUUGGUUCAAAAUCAGGUGACGCUAAAACCCAAUACCCACAUUGCAAAAGGAAAUUAAGUAACUAUGAUAAUAUUGAUAAUAUAACUUUUAAUGAUGAAAGCAAAGAUGCAUUGACAUUUCGAUUUGAGACUAGGAUGGACAGUGGAGCAAAAAGUAGCAAAUACUAUACGUUUAAUCGUAGCGACAGAGUUAAUAAUAAAGCAUCAAAAGUUCAACUCAUACCAAAUUUCCGUAUCACCACAUUAACGAAGGUUCCACCUACUGCUACAGAACUUGAGUCAACUCAGGCAUCAAGGUCUCUGCCUUCUACUCCUCUUGCCUCAAGAGCUCAUUUUCAGGUAAGAUCUAAACCAGACUUGCCUGCAUAUCUAACACUAGGUAGGAAAGGAGGUUUACGAAGAGGUAGUGAGGGGAACAAACAUGAUAUUCUGAGCUAUAUUGCACCAAACCAUUUUGUUGAUGCUUAUACUGAAACUAAAGACGUCAAACAAAUAAGAAAAAUUUUAGCUGGACUAGAUUUUUCUAAAUAUCGGCGUGGUAGAAGUGAAGAACAAAUCGAAACUAAAUCUAAAACAUCAUUUUCAUCUAAUAAAAUUACAGAAAAUGUUAGUAAUGAUUUCAAAGAGUUAUACCGAGAUAGAUUAUUUUUAAGUAAGUUUAAUGAGACAACUAAAAGCUUCCAUGGUAGUCUAACAGAAGUUAAACCUACCAAAGAACUUGAUAAUAUUUUUCAAAGAAGUACUUCUCUACUGGAUUCUCUCAAUCAUAACUUCCAAUGUAGUACACUUUGUCAGUAUCAGGUUAACGAUACUGUUAACACAAGUAAUAUUAUUGUGAAUAACAGUCAAGAUCCAGGAAAAUUUCGUUUCAGCACAUUAAGGUCACGGAAAAGUGAGAGUAACCCAUUUCAACGGACACCUGAUUAUCAACAUAAACAUCCACCUCAUCAUCCAUUUAUUACCAUGAAUCAUAGUAAGUCUCUUCAGUCAGUUUCAGGAUCUACAGAUAAAAAUGGAAAUAAGAAAUUAAAGCAGUUAACUGAAAAACUAAAGUCUCAAUCUUCGUCGACUGUUCCGUCUUCCCCAAGCUUCUCAUCGGCUAAAGAUUCCGAGUCAAGUGAACCCUCUGGGAGAAAAUCGCCUCUAGUGAAUAGAAGUUCGUCUUUUUCACAUGUAGACGUAACUUUAGAGGGUGGUUAUGUUAUGUCCAGUGAUUGUUCUAACAGAGAUUCGACUUAUAGUCUCAUUUCAGGAUUAGCAACAUUACCACGAAAAAAAAUUACACAGUUUUCUAGUCUUUCAGAUAAAGGUCACACCUCCAGCAAUAAACCUGUAAAAGACAAUGCCUUGAUACCACCGAAUUUGGAGUUAAAUCAGUCUGAUUUGUUAAUCAGUUCUGUUGUAGAUUCAGUAGUAGACGAAGGUCUAGUAUCUGAUUCUGACUGUCCAUCCUACUCUCAUGAGUACAGUUCCGUUACCACAUCUUCCUCCCAAUCUUGUGACUCAAAAUCAUUGGUAUCAUUUAUUCGUAACAGAACCAAUACUUACGCAGGUGUUGAACUUGGAACCCAUUCUUUGCCAAGUGAAGCUAGAAAACGAAGGAAAGGUUUCAGGGGUCAUACAGUUGGUUUUAAAUUAGGUUCUCAUGAAAGCAAAUCCAGUAAUGGUAGGCUUUUGACAUAUCCACCUCAGCGACGAUGUUCCAAGUCAGAUGAUGAACUGGAAUAUACCUCUGUCGACAGUAAUGGCUUGAAAUCUCUGAAGACGUCUCCAGGUCUUAGUUUGCCUCUUAGCGAAGAUCCUUUGCAUCAGACCAGUGAUCUGUCUCUGGCAGACAGUCACUUUAGUCACGGCGAAAGCUUUCGUGACGAAACUUAUCGAGAUAUUUUAGAUAAGCUCACAGGAGAAUCAAAUCACGUAACCUUAGAAGAAAGAAAUGUAAAGGCUUUGAAGAAAAAAUACCAUAGCGAUCCUAGUAGAGGAAAUACUGGGAAGAACGUCGAUCUGCCAGAAAUAAUAACAACGUGUAACAGCGAAUCAAUGCUACGUAGUUUUGACAGUUCUAAUGAAAUACAACAACCUGAACUAAGAUUAGGUAUAAAAGAAUCUUUAAGUGAUGAUGCAAAUUUGGUGCUAUCGGAUUUAACGAAUCAUCAAACUAAACAAGGUCUGGGAUGUUCACCCCCACAAACAAGGUUAUCAGGACCAGACUUCGAUUUGGACAAAGAAAAACUUAUGACCAGAAGCCCUCAACAACAAAGAAGGUACUCUAAGAAACGCUUGAGAGGACCAUACGGUGAGAUGCUAGAAGAAGAAAUGAGGAAAUCUGGAGAAAAACAAAAAACAAACUUUUCCGAAGAACUUAGUUUCUUGCAAGAGCUAAGUGAAGAAAAACCGAAAGAUGACUCUCAGUUAUUCUCUGAAUAUCCUUCCCGUCCAUGUAGCUUAUCUACUAGCCAAUCAUUGGAUGAUACAGAUUUAAAGAAACCUUCGCUUUCUGAAUCCGGCAUUUUAAGGCGAAAAACCAGUGCUAAUAUCCCUUUGGUACAAAGUGACAGUGACAGUGAAGUUUCCCAUUUAUCCCCUCCCCCAGUUACAGUGUUUUCUUCGGACCCCAAUAUAUCACAGAGCCCUUCGGAUCUACAAGUAUGUGAAAACAACGCGACCUCUUGGAAUCAACAACAGGAUGCUUUAGUAUUUGAACUGAGAAAACAGUCGGAAUUGACGAGGUCGAGAUCUUUAAAGAAACAUCAGGAUACCCGAACACACGUGGUAGGAGAAUUGUACGACACAGAGAAAUCUUAUGUGGAGUCUCUCCAGAUUCUGGUGAAUAAAUAUAUGAAACCUUUAAAAAGUCCAGAGAACGCGGGGAUUGUGGAUUCAUAUCUCGUCGAUGAAAUAUUUCACCAAAUACCGGAAAUUCUCGUACAUCACGAGAGUUUUCUGGAGAUGCUUCGACAACGCCUGGCCAACUGGGAUACCAAACAGAAAGUAGGAGACGUUUUUGUAGAAGCGUUUACUAAGCAACAUGUCAUUGACACAUACACAGCAUUCAUUAACAACUGGAAGUCUGCCAAGGACUCUAUCAAAUUGACCACCCAAGCGAAACCUGCUUUCCAGAAGUUUUUAGAGCAUAUGGCUCGAGAACAUAAAGGAAAACUAACCCUAGACGCCUUGCUGAUUAUGCCUGUUCAGCGGAUUCCGCGCUACGAGCUUCUGAUUAAGGAGCUGUUGAAACAUACUCCUGUUGAUCAUCCUGACCACCAAUCACUGGUUUUGGCACAAAAAGAAGUCCAUGAAUUAGCAGUCCAGAUUAACAGGAUGGAACGCGAGGCUUUCCAACAUGAGCAAAUGCAACAGAAAAUCAGAGAUGUUGAACAUUUAAUAGAAGGCGUCAUGGAUUUAGUUCAACCAGAUAGGACAUUUAUCAGAUACGACCUAGUAACUAUCUCGGGUGCACUUAGUACAAAGAAAGAACGGUGUAUAUUCCUGUUUUCUGAUCUUCUGAUAAUUACAAGCAUAAAGAGAAAGAGUGGAACGAUACGUAAAACGUCGUCAUUCUCAACAUCGCCUUCACCUUUUGGUUCCCUGGAGAUGAAUAAAUGCAAGAUGUUAAUGAGGUUUUCUUUAGAUAACUUGGACAUUGUAAAAA